AUGGUCUCCACCGCCUCGAGCCAGCACUAUCAGGCAUUAGUGGAUAUCGGCAGCAAUGGCAUUCGUUUCUCCAUAUCCGAUCUGUCUCCUCCAACUGCCAGAAUAACGCCCACCAUCUAUCAAGACCGUUGCGGCAUAUCCCUCUACGACGCUCAGAAUGCAACUGGUACAAAGGCACCCAUACCUUCGGGUGUUAUUGAAGAGGUCCUGGCAGUCCUGCUACAAUUCAAGAGAACGUGUCAAGAUUUUGAGGUGCCAGACAGUAAUAUCAGGCUAGUUGCUACAGAGGCUACGAGAAAUGCCAUCAACAGAGAGGAUCUGCUUGGCCAGAUUGAGGAAAGAACAGGCUGGAAAGUAAAGUUGCUAACAAAAGAAGAAGAAGGAAGACUCGGAGCUAUGGGGAUAGCCAGUAGCAUCGGUCACGUUAAAGGAAUCUGCAUGGACAUGGGUGGGGGCUCUGUACAGAUGACUUGGGUGGUCAAGAAGCUGAACGGGGAUGUGGAUAUGAGUCCCGUCGGAUCUGUGAGCUUCCCUUAUGGUGCAGCAGCAUUGAUGUCUAUGUUGUCAGAGGUGAGCGUACAGAAAGAAGCUUUUUUACAGGAUGAGAUUGCAUCGAAGUUUCAAAGAGGUCUGGAGACCAUCCAGAUUCCCUCAAGUCUAAGGGAUGAAGCCUCUCAAAACCAUGGUUACACACUUUACUUAAGCGGUGGAGGCUUUCGUGGCAGAGGGUAUAUCCUCAUGUCGACCGAAGACAUCCAACCGUAUCCUAUUCCCAUCAUCAAUUGUUAUAGCGUCCGCGCUUCCCGCUUCUUCUCAAACCUCGAGGAGUCUCCAGCGAGCGCCUUAGCUUUCCGAGUCUCGUCCCGUCGCGCUUCGCAAGUUCCUGCGGUGCAGCUCGUCAUCAAGGCGCUCGCUCAGGCUGGUAUUCCCAUUUCAAAGGUAACCUUCACUCAGGGCGGGGUACGUGAAGGCCUACUUUAUUCCGGGUUGGCCCCUUCCAUACGUGCCCAGAGCCCCCUGGUGGCAUCGACGCUUCCCUACGCCCCGAGGUCAGCGGCUUCUCUCACUACUCUCCUUCGGGAUGCUGUACCCGACUUAGUUGAAAGUGAGCUGCUCACCUCAACGAUCAACUUGCUCUAUUUUCAUGGCUCUCUGCCCAAGGACAUCCGUGCAGCUGCAGCUCUCCGCAGCACAACUACAGGUGUGCUGGCGGGUGCACACGGCCUCAGUCAUCGGGAUCGAAGCAUGUUGGCCCUCAUCCUAUGCGAGAGAUGGGGUGCAGAUCUUAGCGAGGCAGAUGCUGGGCUAUACGACAGCCUCCCGAAACUGGCUGGACACCUUACCUGGUGGACCAAAUACGUCGGUCGAGUGGCAGAGGGUAUUGCAAACCUUUUCCCGGCGGGUGUGGUACGAGACGAUGAGCCGACUGUUGUGGUCGAGUCGGGAGUGUCAUCUAUCAAAGAUAUCCAGCAUUGCUGGCUGAAGAUUACUGUCCUCCGACAGGAUCUCCUUGGAAAAGUAGAGGUGUGGGCCAAGGAUUUGAGGAAGCUUGGAAAGAAAAAGCAUUGGGGCAAGCAGGAGUCAGGCAUGAAGGUGGAUGUAGACGUGCGGAUUUGA